GCAUCUUGCCCUCGGCGGCGUGAGCCAAUGGCAGGCGGGGAAGCCUUUCCUAUAUCUGAUGACGACAGCGAGGCACAGAAGAGCGCGCAACCAAAACGCCGCAUCGGUCGCGGCGACCCGAAAGCUGCCAGAGAGAAGCUGGCUGUUGUUGGGUUUUUUUUUGCCUUCCUAGCCUUGCUCGGCGCUUUGUGAGCGACGCCAACCGCCGCCAUUUUGUGAGCGUGUCCAGCCUCCGCCCCCACCCCCAUCCGUUCCGCGCGCGCCAUUGGUCCCCCUUUUUUCCCGUCUUUCUCUCUCUCUCUCUUGUUUAGUGAGCGAGCGGGCGGGCGCCAUGUUUGUAAGGAAGACAUAAUCAGAGCAGCUCAUCUCUCCGGCCAACGUGUCCCGUCUUCCUCCCUUCCGCUCUGCCUGUUUCUUCCUGCUGCCUCCUUCCUCCGUAUGGUCUGUGUGUACCGAACUCCUCCUCAUAAGCUGCAUUUAUCUCCCAUCUCUUUUUUUCCCCGUGAGGUGCAGGACAGCCUCCCCUCGGGCGGCCGUUAAAAAAAAAAUGCCCCUCUGUAUAGCGUAUGUUUGUGUUCCCCCCAAUUCAGUAAAUCCGUGAGGGAAGUCUAGUUCGCCGGUGCGCGGGGGGGACACCUCGCGUCGUCCAGCCUUGUAGACGCAGCGCCGCCGCUCCCUCGUGUGUGAGUGUGUGUGUGUGUGUGUGUGUAUUUGUGUGUGCGCACGAGUGCGCGCCGCCUCCACCUCCUCUCCCUGCGCCCUACGACUGGCAGCAGCGUCCUGCCUUCCUCCCCCCUUCCUCCUCCUCCUCCUCCUCCCUGCACACAGGCACAGCCAGCACAAUGGCCUUUGAAAGCCUAUUCUCCAAGCCCCCAAACCCAGUUCUUGACCAAAACAUGCCCGACUCUGACAGGCAACAUGCAGGGGACGAAAGCAGAGAGGAUGGUGAACUUGAAGAUGGUGAAAUAGAUGAUGCUGGACUUGAAGAAGAUAAGGAAGAAAAAGGCACAAAAGUUGAAGAUAAACCUAAAAAUGAAAAAUCUCAUAGGAAAUCACGAAAGAAGCGCAAAAAGGAAAAAGAGAAGAAAAAAUCAAAAAGGAGAAGGCGAGAUAAACACAAGCAUAAUUCACCUUCUAGUGAUGAUAGUUCCGACUAUAGCAUUGACUCUGAUGCUGAACGUACAGAAAGAUCUCAUAAGAAAGGAGCUGGUUUCUAUAGAGAUUAUGAGUCUUCAUUCCUUCAGCAUGGGCAUAUUUCAGGAAAAUAUAACCCUUCACAGAAGACACAGCAUAAUAAGAAAUCAAAAAGCAAAGAUUAUGAUAAUUACAGUGAUGAUUUUGGCUACAAUGAAGAUGAAAAAGAAGAUUUUGCUGACCAGUUAAAGCAAUAUAGACAAGCUAAAGAAACUAAUGAGUUAGAAGCUCCAAUUUCAAAAGAACCAGGGAAAAAGCAAGGGAUGAAAGGGAUUCACAAAGGUGCUACACAAACAAGCAAUAGUUAUGGUAUUGGCCGAGGGCGCAGCAUGCAAAAGAAACUGAAACGCAAAGAUCGUGGAAGAGGAAGAGGAGUAAAUAAAGGAUCUGAGGAAGAAAUGAAGCCAGUAAAGAAAUGGCCAACUAUGAGUCAGGCAUUCAUAAACCAGCAUACGGUGGAACACAAGGGAAAACAAAUUUGUAAAUAUUUCUUAGAAGCCCGAUGUAUUAAGGGAGACCAGUGUAAAUUUGAUCAUGAUGCAGAAAUAGAAAAGAAAAAAGAAAUCUGUAAAUUUUACAUUCAGGGUUAUUGUUCCAAAGGAGAAAACUGCAUUUACAUGCAUAAUGAAUUUCCUUGCAAGUUCUAUCAUACAGGAGCAAAAUGCUAUCACGGUGACAAAUGUAAGUUUUCUCAUGAUCCUCUAACUAAAGAGACAAAAGAACUGCUUGAUAAGGUACUAAAUACUGAAGAUGAGCCUCAGAAUGAUGAUGAAAAAGAAGUGGAAGAACUUAGAAAACGUGGCAUAGUUCCUCUUCCUAAGCCACCUCCAGGAGUUGGGCUUUUGCCCACCCCACCAGAGCCAUAUUCAUUUAUGGAGGAAGAUGCAGAAAACUUUCAGGAUCCCUCUGGUGAAUUCAAGAAAAUUCCGUCUCUCUUUGAAAUAGUUGUGAAACCUACUGUGGAUUUAGCACAUAAAAUUGGGAAAACUCCACCAGCAUUCUAUAAUAGUACAUCACCCCCUGGACCAGAGUUUGAAGGAAAUGAUCCACACAUGUAUAACACAGAAUCAAGUCCAGGACAUAAUGGACCAACAGGGCACCCAGGUUCUCCUGGUCAUCCCUGUAUUGGUCCAGUGGUGCCACAUAGUCCACCUUUGCAGCCAGUUCCUGCAGGAUACUUAGGAGCACAAGGCCAAGCUGGUGGACCUAUGCAUGGAAAUCAGGGUGGCCCACCUUUAACACCACCUGGUGUGUCAUACAACUGUGCAGUUGCUCAAGAACAUAUGGCAAACAUGCCCAGAGACAAUCACUGCCCACCUGGUCCACCAUAUCAGCACAUUCCUAGUGAACGGCAGCCAAAUCCUGCAUAUGAGACUCUUCAGAAUCCAGCUAAUUUCUAUGAUAACUACUAUUCACAUCAGGCUGUGCAUAAUUUCCAAACAACCAAUAAUGCUAAUGAUGCUACAUGGCAAGGAGACUUUACAGAACACCAGUCUUACAUAAAUUCUUCAGAUUCACAUAACAGUGGAAAUGAGUAUGAAUCAGAUUGUGCCACUACAGCAGGACACAAUUCAGCUAUGAAUGUACCUGAUUUUCUUCCUGCAAUGCAGAAAGCCCUUUUUGUAAGGCUCAGUCAAAAACAUCAAGAUGAUGGAGAACAGAUGAGCAAUCAGUGUCAAAGGUCACUGAGUAGAGAAGAAGAUGAUAAUGUAAAUUGGUACUCUAGUAGUGAAGAAGAAGAAGGAAGCAGUGUUAAAUCCAUACUGAAGACCCUAAAAAAACAAAGUGAAACAUUUCGAAGUCAGCAGUCAGCAGAUCAGCAACUGCGUGUUAUGCCAGUUGACCCGAGACUUGCUAAGGAACGUGGUUCAGGAAACCAGGCUGUUGAUCCAAGACUCAGAUCAGCUUCAAGAUCAAGUGCUAGGAAAUCAUCAGAAUCAGGAGUCUUGGACCCAAGGCUUGCACGAGAUCCAAGAACCUUAAAGGGUAAUGAAAGCAGUCAUGGAAGCUCCUCUACUAGUGGAGCAAAACUGGAUGUGCAUUAUCCACAGCCUGUUGUCAAGAUCAUGCAAAAAGGAUUGGAUGAAGAUGAUGAAGAUGCUGAAAGAGAGUUAAGAGACAGAGCUUUUCUCAUACCAUUGGAACCUCUUCCUGGAGUAACAUUACGAGAUCCAAGAUCUCAGCUUAGACAGUUCAGCCAUAUUAAAAUGGACAUUGUUCUAAGCAAACCCAAUUUUGCUAAGCAUAUUGUAUGGGCUCCUGAAGAUUUACUCCCAGUACCUUUGCCAAAACCAGAUCCAGUAUCUUCAAUCAAUUUACCCCUUCCUCCACUUAUAGCUGACCAGCGAUUUAAUCAAUUAAGGAAUAGCAAAAAUGAUUCUAUCCUAAGUACGGUUCCAUCUGAUCCACGACUAGCAGCAAAAGCAAAAAAUAAUAUAAAUUUAGCAAACAGGAGUGGGUCUUUGGAGCACUCUACAGAUUUGCAUCUUGGUAAUACAAAUAAACUAGGAGAUCCUCGCUUACAAAAAUCCACUGAUCCCAGGCUGCAUAGACUAUCCAGUACAGACUCCCAUCAUGGAACGGUGAAGGAUCUUUUGCCUUCAAAAACUGAUCCUAGAUUGGCCAGAUCCAGCACUAGUACAUCACAGUCCUCGGAAGCUGCAAUCUUCCAGUCUGACUCAGAUACAUUGCCUCCAUAUGCACCUAAGUUGUCGUCUGCAAGUUCCAAACUAGGCACUUCUAGUUCAAUAAUAAGUGGCAUUAGUUUGUAUGAUCCAAGAAAUCAUACUUCAUUGGAUUCUUCUCCAGUUAAUUCUGGAGAGAAUGGAGAAAACCAGAAAAAGGGUAUUUUGAAAAACACUGGUCAGAAUGAAGUAGCCACCUCAGAAGAACAGUUGCCUCAAAAAGUUUCCCUGCAUGUAGAAAAACAUGUGGAAGCAUUUGGGGAAACCAAUUCAGAGAAAGUAGCUAAUCUGAAUAAAUCUCAGGCUAAACACUCCAGUUCUGCUCCAGCGGUGCACAACCUUCCUAUCCAAGCUUUAUCAGGGUUAAUCAGACCACAAUAUAGUGAUCAGAGGCAAGUAAGGCAGCCUGGGCAGAUCACUCCAGCACUAGAAAAUGAUCCAAAUGGGGAAUCGGAUGACAAAUCGCUGAAAGAUGUUUUCAAGACUUUUGACCCAACUGCUUCACCUUUUUGUUAGCUAAUUGUUAAGAUUUUUUACCAUUGUGAAUAAUGCCGGUUUCCACAGUUUUGUAACUGGGUUUACCUCUAUGCUUUAUUUAUUUUUAAAUUAUAACCAGAAAUACUUUGGGGCUGCUAUUUUCAGAACCACAUGCAGUAAUACUAUAGUGUUUGCCAAUUUGGUAUUUUCUAUAUAAGUUUCCCAUUUCAGGGAUAUGAAUCAUUGAUCCGUUUAAAUAAAAGUAUAUAUCAUGUUAGGUCCGAGAGAAGCACUUUCAUUGUAAAUCAUCAUUAAGGGAUUCAAUUUAAAGACUUGUAUAUGUGUAAUGUGUCUUUUCAAAAUCAGCAUUUUAUGUUUGCCACUUUUGUAUGAUUGUACAGUUUCAAGCAAUAUAAUGUAUAUUACUAUGAAAAACAUUAUUUAAGAUGAUAAUUAUCUAAUCUUCUUAAGCCCAACUUGCUAAGCAUUUGACACAGGGCAACAUUUUUUACUCAUGAAACUGAUAUUCUUAGCCUAAAAAAUACUGUAUUACAUACUGAGGAGCGGAAUAAACUUUUUAAAGUAUUUUAUUCUAUGCUGUAUAUAUGCAAAGGACAUAACUAAAACAUUAUUGUUAAAAUAGAAAACACCUAGGUCUAUAAAAUGUAUUUACUUUUUCAUGUAUACCCUAUUCUCUAUUGUGUUAUGUCACAUUGUGGUGUUCAUGUAUUCAAUGUAUUUUUGUAUUCAGCUACUUAAUUUGUAUUGCUUUUUUGUAUUGAUGUAAUGACAGUAACAUGUAUUCAUGUGUCUGGCAUUUUUAACAAAUUAAAAGAGUGAAAUCUCUGACUUUC